AAUUCCUGUCAGAACCCUGCUACUAGAGCCUGGAUGUGGCUCUGAGUUUCAGGGUCACUGACAUUGAUAAGACACCUGCGUCCCAGGACUCGGAGGAGAAACGGCUGAUGGACUUGGCGGGGAAUUUGCGCGGGGUUUUACUGAGCGGGAAGAGACUGUUCAAAUGAGGGGGAGGGUAUAUAAAGGAGGGUUGGCCGGAGCCUCCCAUUCUUGGCUUUUCUGAUGUUCAUGUUUCCUACAGUAAAAGUUCCUGGUGAUACCACAGAGAGUCUCGUGUGUUCAUUCAGGAGCGGCUGUGGUGAGCUGACACUAAGCCAAGAAGACGGACACCAUCCCGCUGUAGCGGUGAGGUGUAACAUGCAAGUGGAGGAUGAAGAGCUCUUGGGCGCCGGAGGAGGAAGGUCGGAAAGGGCCACUCCCGAGACGGACGCUGAGUUCCACCAGCUGGCGGCCCUGGCGUCAUCCACCGCUUAUGCCCAGCCAAAUGGGGUAACCCAGAGGCGCGGAGUGGUGCGGGGAGAUAGCACCGGAGGAGAGGAAGGUUCACCUUCCCCAGGCCCGCAAAAGAUGGUGUUUCUGGAGGAGAGGAUGUCGGCGAUGGAGACCACCCUGGCAGUGAUGUCGAGGGCGAUGGAGCGCCUGGCGGUUUUGGCGGAGCCGGAGCGAGGAAGGGAACUCCGGGCUAGCUCAAUGUGGGACGUGAGCAUGGGAAGCAGCCAGGGCUUUGCAGACCUCCCAGCACCGAAGGGAAGGGAAAUGCGAAAGGAGCCCGGUGCCCGGCCCAAGAUCCAAACGAGCCUGACGCGGGUGGAGGAGAGUGACGACGAAGGGGAAAAGCCUCCGAGAAUCCCGGCUACGCUCCCAACUGAGACCCUGGUGCCCCUGGCGAAUGCCGGGCGUGGCACAGGACAAAGGGAAGCAGCAGCGGGGCCCACUGGCCCGCAAGGGGGCUUGCGACGGGCGGAGAAUUGGGGAUUGCCACCACAGGGACCCCUACCGAGACGAGAGGAACUAAGGAUCGAGUUUGGGGGAGAGUCCUCUGAACUGGAUUUUUUCCUGACCACGGUGAGGGGCUAUAUGGAGGACAAUGCCCACACUUUUAGAACGGAAUCCAGCCGGGUACGGGCCAUUGGUGCAGUGUUGAAGAAGGGAGCGGCCAGCUGGUACGUUCAACUACACGCGCGGCGCGACCCAUGUCUGGGGUCACUCCGACGCUUUAUGGGGGCCCUGGAGACCCGUUUCCGAGAUCCACUGGAGCAGAUCCGGGCGAGGGAGGAGUUGAAGACCGUCUCCCAGGGGCAGAGGUCGGUAUCUGAGUAUGCGGAGGAGUUCCAAUGCCUCGCUGAAAAGGUGCCGGAAUGGUCUGCAGUGACAAAGAUAGAACUCUUCAAAGAGGGGCUCAGGCGGGAGAUCCUCUCCUGGGCGGUGCAUCGUGAUGAGCCUGACACACUGCGCGGAUGGAUUCAGCUGGCGGGGCGCAUCGAGACAUCGCUGGCCCAGGCGAGGAGGCACCGAGGAGGGCUACAGCAGCGGCCGCAGAUGAAAGAGGGGAGCCGGAAGGAGGGAUCAACCCCAGCCGGGAGGAGAACGGAGCCGACAGGGAACGUGAGCACCAGCAGGAGGGGCUGCUUCGUGUGCGGCCGUUUGGGCCACAGGGCUGCCGAGUGCUGGCAGAGAAAAGGGGAAGGCGGAGGCCCGCCCAAACCAAGAGCCGUGGCAGGGAAACGCGCCGAGGAAGAACCACCGAUGAGGCACCACUCGGGGGGGUUGGACGAAGGGGAGGAGGACGCCAUGUCAGAACCCUGCUACUAGAGCCUGGAUGUGGCUCUGAGUUUCAGGGUCACUGACAUUGAUAAGACACCUGCGUCCCAGGACUCGGAGGAGAAACGGCUGAUGGACUUGGCGGGGAAUUUGCGCGGGGUUUUACUGAGCGGGAAGAGACUGUUCAAAUGAGGGGGAGGGUAUAUAAAGGAGGGUUGGCCGGAGCCUCCCAUUCUUGGCUUUUCUGAUGUUCAUGUUUCCUACAGUAAAAGUUCCUGGUGAUACCACAGAGAGUCUCGUGUGUUCAUUCAGGAGCGGCUGUGGUGAG